AUGCCCCUCCUGCGGGCAUCACACUGGCCGCGUGUGGCCCGUGUAGCCCGCGUGGCCUGUCUGCCCCUCGCACAACUCCCUCACCCAGCCCGACUCACCCCCCCCUCCUCAGUCAUUCUUCAGCAAUAUCGUUCAUGCUCCUCCUGUGACGCCUCAAGCCCAAGCCUAAGCCCCAAUGCCAGCGAAGACUCCUCCAGACAAGAGCCAAACAUCACAAAAGCAUCUCCUGACCACCGCACACUAGGUGUCCAACAAGAACUCUUCAUCCAAUCCCCCUUCUCCCCCGGCUCGCCCAUCUUCCUACCCCGCGGCGCCCUCGUCUUCAACCGCCUUCUCAACUUUCUGCGUCGGCAGUACGUGAAAUACGGCUUUCAGGAGGUGAUCACGCCAACCAUCUACAAAAAGGCGCUAUGGGCGACAUCGGGUCAUCUGGAAAAUUAUGCCGAGGACAUGUACACCGUGACCUCGACCUCCCCCGCCCGCAGGGCAGCUGAACUAGCUGAAGAAGGCGAAAGCGAAGAACACGAGUUCGGCCUCAAACCGAUGAACUGCCCCGGUCACUGCCUGAUUUUCGCGUCGCAAACAAGAAGCUACCGCGACCUGCCCAUCCGCUACGCCGAUUUUAGUCCGUUACACAGGAACGAGGUCUCUGGUGCCUUAAGCGGCCUCACCCGCGUGCGAAGAUUCCAUCAGGACGACGGGCACAUCUUCUGCCGGCCGUCGCAGAUUGAGGGCGAGAUUGCCUCGACGCUGGACUUCAUCCGGCAGACGUAUCGCGUUCUCAAGCUGGGCCCCUACCGUUUGGUUUUGUCCACCCGGCCAGAGAAGUACCUCGGUUCCGUUGAGGACUGGGACAGGGCGGAGGACGCACUGCGCAGGGCUCUAGAUAAGUCCGGUAAAGAAUGGACCGUCUCGCCUGGGGACGGUGCCUUUUACGGCCCUAAGAUCGACGUCAUCUUGAAGGACUCCGACGGCAAGGAACACCAAACGGGCACGAUCCAGCUCGAUUUCCAGCUGCCGCGGAGGUUCAACCUGGAGUACACGGCGCCAGCGCCGGAGCAUGAGCAGCGUGGCGAGACAACAGAUGAUCCGGCUUUGCUGAACGAAUAUGGGCAUGUGCGGCCAGUGCUGAUCCAUCGCGCUGUGCUGGGCAGCGCGGAGCGGUUGAUGGCGCUGCUGAUUGAGCAGUACAAUGGACGGUGGCCGCUGUGGUUGAACCCCAGGCAGGCAGUUGUGUUGACGGUGAAUGAUACACAGCCGGUGGUGGAGUGGGCCAACAGCGUCAGGAGGGUGUUGUUGGGAUUGGGGUUGGGGGAUGGGACACAUGGGGAGGACAAGGAUGCGCCGGUGUGGCCGACCGAGCUGGCGGUCGAUUUGGACGAUAGCAAGAGGACGGUGGGGUUGAAGGUAAGGGAGGCGAUGGUGAAGGGCUAUGGGGUUAUUGUGACGGUUGGGCCGAAGGACGUGGCGGAUGGGGUGGUGAGCGUGAAUGCGACUGCAUUGUGUGGGCCGGAGGUAAGUGAGGAGGAGAGGCAGAGAAUGAGUAGGAUGGUGAUGAAGCCUGAGGAGUUGAAGGAGUGGAUUUCGGAGAAGGUGAGGGCAUAUGAAAGACACCCCCCAAUACAUCGCCGCCGCACGCGAACACAACAUCCCCUUACGGCAAUCCGCCCCCAUCCGCAAGGGGCCCCUCCCCUCGACCUCCCCAUCCUCACCUACCUCCGCUCCAAGCGAAUCAUCCUCGCCAGUGCCUCUCCCCGCCGCCGCGCCCUGCUCUCCCAACUCGGCCUGCCCAAUCUCGAGGUCAUGCCGUCCAACGAUCCGGAGGACAUCGACAAGAAGAGCGUCUCGCCGGAGGAGUAUGUCUCCCUCACAGCGCAAAAGAAAGCGUUGGCUGUGUACCAGGAGGCAUUAGAAAAACAAAAAGAGGGCGAGGAGGACCCCGCUGUGGUUAUAGCCGCUGAUACGGUAAUUGCUACAAAAAGUCAACAGAUCCUAGAGAAGCCAAAGUCAGAGCAGGAUCACAUCCGCAUGCUAACCCACCUCCGCGAUACGGUCUCGCACCGCGUCCUUACCGGAAUAUGCGUCCUCGCCCCAAAACACGAUGCGUCGCACCCAGGCUACGAACUCGCCACGCAUGUGGAGGAGACAAAAGUGUUUUUCGCGCAGGCGGAUGAUGGCCUGCCGGAUGAGGUCAUCGUGAGUUAUGUCAAGACGAGGGAGGGUUGUGAUAAGGCCGGGGGGUAUGCGGUGCAGGGGUUGGGAGGUGUUGUGCUGGUCGAGAGGGUCGAGGGGAGCGUGGAUAAUGUGAUUGGACUGCCGGUGAGGAGGACGUUGCAGCUUUGUGAGAAGGUGGUGUUUAGACAGGGGGAAGGGGAGGGAGAGGGGGAGGAAGAGUAG